AUGACGACCUCACCCGCCGAGCAGCUGAGGAAGCUCCGGGAGCAAAACGCAAGGGACCUCGAGGACUUGGAGUCAAAGAUUGCUGAUGCAGAAUACGCCUACCUGACAUGCGAUUCCAGCCAGUUGGGGAAUGUGCUGAAGGGAUUUGAUGGCUUCCUGUCUGCCAAGGACAGUGUUCGCAGAAAGCCGCGGCAGCCAAAACUUGAAGAGCGAAUAUUCAGCUUGAGCUCCAAGAAAUCAACAGUGAGCAAGGAAUACGAACAGCAGCUGCAGCAGGACCAGGCAGAUCAGAUCAACACGCACGGGGGCGUGCCAAAGAAGGUUUUUCCACACAGCAAACUUCCUCAGAAGCGACAUGCACAGAAGCUCACCAUGGACAGCCACUAUGCCAAAAAGGCAAGGAAAACAAUGACGCCCGUGUGA